UAUUUCCGGGAUUUGAAGUUAGCUGAAGUUGCUUAUAGACCAGUCAACUUAGUACAAACUGUAGUGCACCUUCCUUUAGACUGGUUUUUAAAAUAGAUUCCGAAACUUGGAAAAUGGCCGCAAAUGGGUGUAUGCAGUCAUAAGAAAUUACCGACGAGUAUGUAUCACUGCGCGCGGUGCCCUUCCCUCUGCUUCUCUUUCUUGUGUUCUGUGCAGUGUUUUUCCAUGACCUAACCUCAAAGAUCCACCACUCAAAAGAAGAUGUAGAAAAACAAUAAUAGUUGUAUUUUCUUAAGUUUUACAGCAAUGGCUUUAUCUGUGGACCAAUGCGACGCAUUAUUAAACAUUUUAGAUUUGCAAAGUGUUCGCAACUUCACUCUGGAGGCUUUGUGCAAUGAUAUACACAAGAAAUUUGAAGCUCGCGACUUUUUCAAGGUGGGAACAUGCAUAGUGAUGUUACUUCAAAACAACCUACUUCCUGAACCUGAACAAAGGCUUGUAGCAUUCACUUUACUGUAUGAGCUUAUCGAGGUGAACCACUUGCCAAUACUCCAUUUGCCAGCGUUUUUAUACAUUUACUCCAUCCCCCUGAACAUCAGAGCAAUGUUGGUGCUCCAAAACUGGAAUACCCUGGCCAACUACCAAGGUUGUUUCCUCAAGAAAAGCAUUUCUUAACACAGUUGAUGUCAGAUGUAUCUAAGGAUUCCCAUCCAGUGCUGACACAUAGAAGACUUCUCCACCUCUAUUAUUAUAGCUGUUGUUGUAAAACCUCUUAUGUGUUAGACUCUCUAACACAUAAGUUAGAAUCCGAAAGGUACUGUGCUUCAGCAUUUAAACGGAAUUACUUUUUUGAGCUUAUUGCUGCUAUUAGUUACAACGAAACCGUUCAACUGAGAUAAUCAUAAUGUCGAGUCGAAGUAGGCGAAUUCUUCAAGCGGCACUGGAAAAUAUCGAAAAUGAUAAAAAUGUAUGCAACGAAAGCUCACAUUGUGUUUACGGAGAAGCAGAUCAAAGGAUUUAGGCAUGGAUAGUGAAUGGGAGGAGUGCAUUGUCAGUCAUAUUGAUGGCACUGUUAUACCAAUUCGACUACUGAUGAAGCAUUUAUAAUAGAAGAGGAAGUGGAAGAUUCUAACGUAGAGCAUACUUCAGCGAAUCCAGUGAUGGAGGUGAAUACUGUGCAAAAUCAAACUACGGAUGUAAAAACACAAAACGAUGGAAGAGAUUUGGAUGAAGUGCGCACAUCAAUCGAACAAAAUGGGGGGAACCUUGAGAGAGGGAGGUAAUAGUUCAUGCUCAAGUUCGUGGUCAGAUAGUCCAGUUUCACGUAUAGUAAGAAAACGUCUUAAAGCCAAAAAAAGCAGAGUUGCCGGGUUAUCUUAUGUUGGCUACAAAAAAUCCGAUGAUGGUAAAAUAAAACAAAAUUGUAUGAAGACAUCGAGAUCAGUAAAGGAGCGUUGUAGUCACACUUUAUGCGGUAAGAAAAGUGAAAGAAGUUUUCUUUGUAACAUGGUAUCUGAAACGAUAGGCAACGAAUUUUCAAGAAAUUUUGGAAUUUUAGUAGCUGGCCUGAAAAGAAAGCAUUCGUUAAAGGAUUGACUAGCACCAGAGAUGUUAGAAGAAGGAGAAAGACGCAAACAAUAACUCAAAAAAGAAAGAAGGACACGAUAUAUUCUUGCCGAAAUGUAAUGGAGAAAGAGUAAGGGUUUGCAGACGUUUCUUUAUUAAUACACUUGAUCUAGGGGAAGAUACAUUUAGGAGAUGGGUUAGACGAAGCGACACUUUUGCAGAAAAUGAAACCGAACGGGACGACAUACCGCAACGGAAGAAGAGAACAAUAGCAGAAGGAGUUAA